AUGUCGUUAAUCUCUGAUCUUGUCAACCUUAACAUCUCAGGCUCCACCGAGAAGGUGAUUGCCGAGUACAUAUGGGUGGGUGGAUCUGGCAUGGACAUGAGGAGCAAAGCUAGGACUCUCUCUGGACCGGUUAAAGACCCUUCGAAUCUUCCCAAGUGGAACUAUGAUGGUUCCAGCACUGGUCAAGCUCCUGGACAAGACAGUGAAGUUAUCUUAUACCCACAAGCAAUUUUCAGGGAUCCAUUCAGAGGGGGUAACAAUAUCCUGGUUAUGUGUGAUGCUUACACUCCUGCUGGGGAACCCAUCCCUACCAACAAGAGACAUAAGGCUGCAAAGAUAUUUAGCAAUCCUGAUGUUGUUGCUGAAGAACCCUGGUAUGGCAUUGAGCAGGAAUAUACCUUGUUGCAGAAAGAUGUUCAGUGGCCAAUUGGAUGGCCUAUUGGUGGUUUUCCUGGUCCCCAGGGACCAUACUAUUGUGGUAUUGGUGCUAACAAGGCUUUCGGACGUGACAUCGUUGAUGCACAUUACAAAGCAUGUCUUUACGCGGGCAUUAACAUCAGUGGAAUUAAUGGAGAAGUGAUGCCUGGUCAAUGGGAAUUCCAAGUUGGCCCAUCAGUUGGCAUCUCUGCUGCUGACGAGUUAUGGGUUGCCCGUUACAUUUUGGAGAGGAUCACUGAGAUUGCAGGAGUGGUGCUUUCCUUUGACCCUAAACCAAUUCAGGGUGAUUGGAAUGGUGCUGGUGCUCACACGAAUUACAGUACCAAGUCCAUGAGAAACGAUGGUGGCUAUGAAGUCAUAAAAAAAGCAAUCACUAAAUUGGAAAAGAGGCACAAGGAGCACAUUGCUGCUUAUGGAGAUGGCAAUGAACGUCGUUUGACAGGAAAACACGAGACAGCGGACAUGAACACAUUCAUAUGGGGUGUUGCAAACCGUGGUGCUUCUAUUAGAGUAGGGAGGGACACAGAGAAGGCAGGGAAGGGAUACUUUGAGGAUAGAAGGCCUGCAUCUAACAUGGACCCUUAUGUUGUCACUUCCAUGAUUGCUGAGACAACCAUUCUUUGGAAACCAUAA